AUUAGUUUUAAUCGAAUCUCAUAAAAUGUUUGCAAAAUAAAAAUAGGCGAUUCCUCCGGAAACUGUCUUCUGUAGAGCAAUGCUCAGACAGAUUUUUUGUUUUUAGAAGUCGAUUUUUUUUUGUAAAAAAGAUCGGUCACAAAUUGUCGGUGGUGGGCGGGCAGCCUUAAAAAAACGGCCAAAUGCGAGUCGGAAUCAGGCACGAAGGGUUCCGUACCAUUAUUUAGAAAAUGAGAAAAAAAUCACGUUUGUUGUAUGGGAGCCCCCUAAAAUAUUCAUUGUAUUAUAGUUUUCAGUAUUUGUUUUUAUAGCGGCAACAGAAAUACAUCAUCUGUGAAAAUUUCAACUCUCUAACUAUUACAGUUCAUGAGAUAGGUACAGCCUGGUGACAGACGGACGGACGGACCGACAGAGGAGCGAAAAUAAUAGGGUCCCGUUUUACCCUUUGGGUACGGAACCCUAAAAACGACAACAGUCUUUUUAGAACUCCGACUUGAGCGGGAAAGUGGCAAUCUGAUGUGGAUUACAUUUACAUACUAGCAGUUCCCACACUUUUAACCACCAACCUCUCAAGUACGAGUGCGCAGGUUCGAAAAUAGGUCAGGCAAGUAGGUACCAAUCCAACUUGUUUAAGUUUGUAUGCACCUACUUACUAAGGACAUCUUAGAUACCAUGACUGUGUUUCGGAGGGCAGGUUAAACUGUAGGUCACGGCUGUCAUUGAACAUCCUUUGCAGUAGUUACGGGUAGUCAGAAGCCAGUAAGUCGGACACCAUUCUAACCAAGGGGUAUUGGGUUGCCCGGGUAACUGGGUUGACGAGGUCAAAAGCUGGGUACUCACUUAGCAGUGUAGGACGUAACGUAUCAGAUACGGUAUCAAGUGAGUACGUAGGCACGAGCCCGCUGCGAGUGGCGGUUUCACUGCGAACACAAAGGCGGCUCGCAGUGUGCUCGUGAGGACCGUGGACGAGCCGUACCCACUUGCAGGUUGAUACCGUAUCCGAUACGUUACGUGCUACACUUCUAAGUGAGUACCCAACUAAAUAGGCAGUCGCUUCUUGUCAAACACUGGAACUCAGCUGCAUCCGAUAAGACUGGAAGCUCCAACUAUAUUGGCAAAAGGCUCGGGAGAUGAUGACUAGCUGUUCGCGCACUUUCUUCCGCUUAUCGUCAGGAUUAAAAGGCUUAUUACUGCGCAUUCGCAGGAAACAGUACCGUUAGCUUGCAACGUGCUUAAUAUACGAACUGCGUGCGUGGGCUUAUACCUACGUGCUCAUCUUGAAGUCUCGCCACAAAAAAAUAGAAGGCUCUUUAGAGAGCACAGGAACACGCAUCUUGUCAUACCUGAGAUCAAGAAAUAACUCCACCGACCGCUGAUCUGAAUUUUUAUUAAUUAUCGGUCUUACCUCUUUGCUUUCGAACAAAGUGUCAAUAAUCGCAGUAUGAUAUGUAGUCACAAAAACAAACAGAACUUCUAUUUUUGACAUAGUAAAAAAAUCGUUAGGUAAAAACUCUCUGUAGGUUUAAAAUUCAAAAUUAUAGUGUAAAGCAAAAUAGAAUAUUGAGCGAGCAUGAUCCGAGUGGUGUCAGUAGAGCUGCGCGUAGUGUGCCGACUGUGCGGCGUGGUGCAGGUGCGGCUGCUGGCCCGCGCGGCGCGGCCGGCGUCGGCGCUGCAGCCGCAGUGCUCCGUGUUCCCCAAGGCGCCGCGCAACGAGCGCGUGCUGGAGCACUGCGCCGGCACCCGCGAGCGCACCAGCCUCACGCACGAGCUCACCACGCUCAGCCGCAGCCCUGAGACCAUCCCUCUCAUCAUUGGCCCGGAGAAAACUAUUUCCGGGGAUUGUUGCGUGCAGCCCAUGCCAUUUGACCAUCAGCAAAUUGCCGCGUACUACCAUCGCGCGUGGCCGGAUACAAUCACAAUGGCCAUGGAGAUGGCCACGGCCUGCCAGCCCAGCUGGGAGCGCACGUCGGUGGACGAGCGCUGUGGCGUACUAGAGCGCGCCACUGACCUGCUGGCCGGCGUGUUCCGCCAGCGGGUCAUCGCGGCCGCCAUCAUCGGACAGGCGAUGACGGCGAUCCAGGCAGAGCUCAACAUGUGUCAACUGAUUGAUUACCUGCGGUUCGGAUGCUAUUUCAUGCGGGAACUCACCAAGGGUAACAGCGUGAUCGACGGUGGCGAGCAGGCAAUCAAUCACAACCAGUACCAUGGCCUCGAGGGAUUCUGGGCGGCUAUCACGCCGGACAAUUCGCUCGCCCACGCCGCACAGCUGGCUAUCAUACCAACGAUUUUAGGCAACUGUGUGGUCUGGAAGCCUAGCGACCACUCGGUACUGGCGUGCUACCGCGUGCUCGAGUGCCUGCAGUGUGCGGGGCUGCCGCCCGGCGUCAUCAACUUCGUGCCCGCCGAGGAGAACCGAUUCUUAGAGGCGGUGUGCUCGAGCACGGACCUGGCGGGUAUUACCUUCGGGGGUACGACACGCACACUCGAACAUAUAUGGCGCACAGUUGGGGAUCGCAUACAUAGUUAUCUCCGGUUUCCGCGUGUCGUUGGCACGGGCAGCGGGAAGAACUUCCACGUGGUGCACUCGUCCGCCAACCUGUCCAACGCCGUGGCGUGCACGGCGCGCGCGGCCUUCGAGAUGGCGGGGCAGAAGGCGACGUCGUGCUCGCGCGUCUUCGUCGCCGAGUCGGUGCUGGACCGCUUCACGCAAGCCCUCGCGCAGGUGGCGCAAUCGCUCGUGGUCUGCCAUCCGCUCGACUACAGAUGUUUCACGUCAGCGCUCGCUUCGAAAGACGCAUACUAUAAGGUAUGCUGCUACCUGGAGCGCGCGGCAGCUGACAGCACGGUGCGGCGCGUGUGCGGCGGGCGCACGGAGCCGGCGGUGGGCUACUUCGUGGAGCCCACGGUGUUCCUGGUGCCCGAGCCCACGCACGAGCUCAUGUGCGACGAGCUGCGCGGGCCCGUGCUGGCCGUGUGCGGCUUCCCCGACAAAGACCCCGACGCGCUCGUGUGGGCCGUGGCGCAGACGCGCUACGCCAUCACGGGCUCUAUAUUCGCUCGAGACUCGGCGUGGGCGCAGUGGGCGGUGGGCGCGCUGCGUGACUUCUCGGCCACGCUGUACCUGAACGAUCGCUGCUCCGAGGAGCUGCCGGGCCAGCAGUCGGUGGGCGGCACGCGCAAGUCCAGCUCCAGCGGCGCCAAGUCAAACUUUAGAGAGGCCAGCGGGCACAGUGCGAGUACCUGCGACGUGUGACUAGAACAGCAGGUCCGUGGCGUGAGUGCGCGCCUCGCUCCACGAGCGCGCGUCCGCGCCGCACGGCCGCGCGUCGCCCGCCUCCGCCUCCGCCUCCGCCGGCUCCUCCGCCUCGCGCGCCUCGCCCUCCGCGCGCCGCGUCACGCCGAGCUGGAAGGCGGCGCCCGCCGUCUUGUGCGGCGUGUAGCGCGACAGUGCCGCCGACGCUGCGAACAUGCAUGCGCUCUGCUGGUGACGGUGUCCACCUAUAGGGAGCUUCGUACAGACUUGCUGUUCCGAUGUGCGCGUACUGUAGCAUAGCCAGGAAAGAUAGUAGAGUCCAAAAUGUGAUUACAUUGUGCACAUUGAAACGUCCAGUUUGUACGAAGCUUUCCGACUACAUACCAAAACCAUAAAACAGGAUCGGUAUGUAAAUAGUCAAUACUUUAUAAUUAUCAUGUAUGGGUAUAGCGAAUCCAGUUGUAUCUGUUCAAUUUCUACACAGUGGCGGCGUAGCAUGGCGCCUGCGACGACUUUCUAUUGAGCACCCUCAAAAUAUACUUAACGACAAAUACAAUGUUUUUCUUCUUAUUUUUCAAUGAAAAAUGUAGAAAAACCGGGAAGCCAUGUUUGAUUCGUGGUAGAUCAUUAGUAAGAUUUUUUAACCGACUUCCCAAAAAGGAGGAGGUUCUCAAUUCGUCGGGAUUUUUAUGUUCACCGAUUACUCGAAGACGCCUAGACUGAUUUACAAAUUUGUUUUUUGUUCGAAAGGGUUUACCUCCCAGGUGGUCCCAUAAUCAUCAGGUCAGGAUCUGAUGAUGGAAACCCUGAGAAAUCGAAGGCAACUUUCGAAUAUUGUAGGCAAACGUAGGGUAAAAACUUGACACUAAGGUGUAUGUCUGAUAACAAUACACAAUGGUGAAGGUUUGAAGUUGACCUGAUGAUGGAGACCAGAGAAGGUCAAGGGAACUCGACAACUGAAUGUGUGAACUGCCUCGUGUUUGGGCAUAUAUUAUUCGUAUUGACGAGACCUUUGCAACAGUGAAGGUUUGGAGCUGACCUGAUGAUGGAAACCAGAGAAGGUCGAGGGAACUCGACAUCUGAAUACGUAAACUACCUCGUGUUUGGGCUUAUACAGGAAUGAAUUUUAAGCAGUGCGCAAAAAAAAAAUGGUGGUCCAGAAUCGUUAACAGAACAUUGAGCCCCCACCCGAUUAUAUUUGUAGACGUUCGGUUAUGCUACUCUACUUUCAUCCACACGAGUCUAAGCACACUCGCAUAUAAGUUACCUUUUAUAAUCUAAAUAGCUUCACCGUUCGGGAGAUUCCACAGACAAACACGCCAAACUUAUGACACCCCUUUUUAUCCGUCAGUUAAAAACAGAAAAAAAUGAAGCAACGAGCAAAAAAAACAUAAUUUUAAAAAAGAAAUUUCAAAAAAAAAUCUUCCGUCCCUGUUCCCGUUAUCUGGGGUCGGGUCUCCUCACACUACGGUACCAGGUUGGUCUAUCCUGGGUUGUCAGUUUUGGCAAUUGGGCUUUCUUAAGGUCUCUUUCGAUGUUUGACCACCAGGUCAAUGGCGGGCGGCCUCUACCUCUCUUUUGUUCUGGCAAGUUUAGUGCGGUUUUUACUAUAUGGUCUCCGUCUCGUCUCAUAAUAUGGCCAAGGCCAUACCAUCUAAGGCGAUUUUCCGUCAUUUUGUCCGUGAUCGAUGCAACUUUAAAGCUCCCCCUUAUGUAUUCGUUCCGAACUCUGUCCAUUCUGGUCACCCCACCUGCCCAGCGCAGCAUCUUCAUUUCAUUUAUAUGUGCUGUCUGUUCAUGCAUUUUCUUGACUGUCCAGCAUUCGGAACCGUACAGUAAGGCGGGCCUGACGGCUGUUUUGUACGCUUUACCCUUUGUUCUUUUGGGCAUACGAGUAUCACACAUAACUCCUGUUACAUCGGUCUCUACGUUGGCAUCCGGAGUUAUUUAAGCUUUUUUAUUGUGGGGAUAGGUGUUGAUCCAAUACAUAUAGUUUCAGGAGUUGCAUUUCCGCUAAAGGGGCAUUUCAUGUACGCCGUCUUACUUUUGCUCCCUCGAAGUGCGUACUUAAUCAAACUUUUUAUGAUAUGUCAGAGUCAGCUAAAACGGAAGAAGAGAUAUUUAAAAUCACUCGCGAAGAUCCCGCAGGAGGUAGGAUCUUCGAAAGCUCUUAAAAAAAAAACAAAUUUUAAAAAAGAAAUAUCUACUAUUCUAUGAAUUGAUGCCUAGUAUAUCCAUGACAGACAGGCCAACUGGCCGCCGCACAUACGGGUAUUUUGCACUCCUAGCCGGGCGAAGUUACUGACUAGGGCUUUCAAAUACCGGAUUUUUUCAAUUCCGGUAUCAAUACCGGUAUUAAAAAUUUCAAUACCGUGAUCACGUGAUCACGGUAUUGUCGGUCAUGCUAAUAUUGCAAUAUUCCAGAUAGCUCCUUUAUGCGUCUUCGAAGUGCUUUUGCAAGAUUUUGACUUAAGUCAUUGCUUGCAAGCUUGACCAUCUAACUUCGUCAACAUAAAUUUUAGCGCAAUAUCCGCUUUUAGUAAAUUGGCAUCCCGUUUUCAAAUUUUUAAUACAGUUACUUUGACUACAGAAAGGCUGUUGUAAAUAUUUUUUAAUAUUGUCAAAUCGAAUUCGUCUAAUUUGAAAUCGGGGUUUAAUUUUAGAUCGAAUAAAACUUUUAAAACACAAUCCUUUAGUUCAAAAAGCGUCCAAUCAUAGCCCCGACACUAUGACUAAAAAUGAGAUUGACUUCAUCAUGACGAACAAGAAGCACAUAGUCAGAGACGUCUCCUUGAUCAAUAGGUUUAAUACCGGUAGCGAUCACCGACUUGUCCGAGGCUCUCUGAAUAUCAACUUCAAGGCCGAACGUUUUCGUCUGAUGAAGGCUAGGCUCCGACCAACACUGCUCCAAACCAUUUCAGGAUCUGAAACUUUCCAGUCAAAUUUGCCGCCGUGGAAACCACAACAGACGUUGGAAACGACACCAGAGCCACGAAUAUGUGGUUCAGAUCCUCAGGGAGGAAGGGUCGAUAUUCUGUAACAAGCAGCGUAAGGGCAAGAAAUCAAAGCUUUCGGAAGAGACAUUAGGGCUUAUGAAGAAACGACGUGAAAACCCGCCUGUCACUUCGUCAGCUAAGCGGGCUCUAAACCAAGAGAUCAACAAGCACGUACGACACGACCUACGGUGCUCCAAUACUCUUGACAUUGAAAGAGCAAUUGAGCUGAAUCGGGGGUCAAAGGUGUUCGUACAAUCUCUUGGAAGAAGCCACUUGACGAAGCUGACCACAACAAGUGGAGAAGUCAUUUCUUCGGUGCCGGCAGUCCUUUCGGAAGUGGAAAACUUCUAUGGCCGGUUAUACGCAUCGCAUGCAUCUC